AUGCCGGCGCGGCACCGGCGAGGCCACGGCGGGGCAACAGGGGAUGAGCAGGGCGGCGGCCGGCGUGGAGCUCCGACCGGAGGCAGAGGCGAGCACUGGGGCGGCGCCGGAGGGUGCGGGAAGCAACGGUCGACGGCAGGCGGGGCACAGCCGCGCGUGGAGGGGGAGUGGCCGUGGCCGAGCCAGACGGGUGCGACCCCGACGCUCUGGUCGCGGCGGUGGCUGGGACCUGCAGGGAGGCGAGCGGGACAUGUGCGGGAGGGGGGCCGGAGUGGCCAGAGUGGCGCGGUGCGCGCGGGCGGCGGUAGUGGCCGCGGUGACGAGCGCGAGCGCGCGCGCAGGCGGGGUCGCGCGAGGGAGAGAGAGGGAUCGAGGGCGCGCGGAGACGAGCGCGGCGGCGGGGCUCACAUUGGGGCGUAG